UGAAAUAUCUGAAAUGAGAUAGGUAUAAUAAAGUAAAAUACAAUUAAUAUAUAUGUAAAGUUAGAGCAAGGAUGGCGGGAGGAAAUGCCAAGCAACAGAAGGCCCAGCAAAAGGCUCUGGAAAAACAAAAGCAGAAAAUCGUGGAGGAUAAGACUUUUGGCCUAAAAAAUAAAAAAAGCAAAUCAGUACAAAAAUACAUAAAGAGUGUACAGCAGCAGAUAACUGGGCAACCUCCUAAGGAUAGUGACAAGUACAUAGCUCAGCAAAACAAAGAAAAGGAGGAAAAGAAUAGAAUCAUGCAACAAAAAGCUCUAAUCGCAUCCCUUUUUAAAACUACGGAGACUGUGAAGCAAGUGAGUAUGGAAUCCCAGAAGCUUUACGAGCCUAAACAGUCGAGGAUGGAUCAGAAAAUCGAUAUUUACUUAGAUCAACGUAUUCAAAGAUCUAAAGAAGAUGACAAUAUGAGUAAUUGGGAUAUAACAACUCUAGAAGGUGUAGUUCAACAAAAAAACACUAACGCUUGUACAACUGAUAUCAUCUGUAAAUACUUCUUGCAAGCAGUUGAGUCCAAGAAAUAUGGCUGGUUUUGGGUUUGUCCAAAUGGCGGUGAUGAUUGUAAAUACAGGCAUUGUCUUCCUCCAGGAUUUGUGUUGGCUAGUGAUGUGCCACAAGAAGUGGUUGAUGACGAGGAAACUCUGGAAGAAAUGAUAGAACGACAGAGGAGAGAACUUCCUCCUGGAGGAGAAAUGGUAACUGAGGAAUCAUUUAAGCGUUGGAAGGAAGAAAAGGAGAAGGGUCGCUUGGACGAACUAAAGGACAAAGUAACUAAGGAUUCAACAACGCAGUUGACAGGGAAGGACCUAUUCACCUUUAAUCCAAACCUGUUCAUGGACGAUGAAGGAGCUGCAGACGAUUUCGACUACGACGAAGAUAUCGAUCUCGACGAACUAAUUAGAGAAAAUGAAGAGAGUUUAACAAAAGGAAAUGUACUUCCAGAUGAUGUAACGGAAUCUCUGAAAACACUUUCAUUGUGAUCUAUAUCGCAAAUGUAUACUUGAUCUAAAGUUUAUAAUUUAGUAUUUAAUUGA